ACUCGAGUUCCUAUUGGCGGAGAGUGCCACUUCCGCCACGCCCCUCUUGCUUCCGGUUGGUGGGGUGGGCGAGCUGAGCCGGCGGGGGCCACGGGGGAGGUCGGUGCAGCCCGGCGCCGUCCGCGCCUGUGGUCCUCGGGCCGUCCCGUCACCGCCGGCGGUGCAGCAUGGGAUGCUCUUGAGCGGCGGAUCGCUCUUCCCUACGGGCGGCCUUGUCCGUGCCCGUGCCUGUGCGAGGCGGGGGGAGGCCGGGCGGCGCCGGGGCCGGGCCGGCAGCAGGAUGUCAUCACCUUGCCAUACCUCUGCUGUGCUGGUAGUUUUUAUGGCCCUUGCUGUUGUGGGGGCUGAACAGUCAAAAGAGAGGAGUUGUGAUGUGAUCGGAGACGAAAGCAGUGAGUCACAAAUGGAAAGAGCCCUGCUGAAGAAACUGGAGCCCCUAAGCCCAAUGAGGUUUAACGUGACUGUGGAGAAAGGCAAAACGGAAAACUACGUCUACCAUUUCAGAGUGUGCAGGGAGGUCAACAGCACCUUACACGAUUUUGGUGGCCUGGUGCAAACAGAUAGACAGAAUGGGAAGACCACAGUGAUAGGAAGAAUUAAUGAAACUCAGGUCUUCAAUGGAAGUGACUGGAUCAUGCUGAUUUAUAAAGGAGGUGAUUCAUAUGGCAGGCACUGCAGUGGUGAGAAGAGAAGAGCUGUGAUAAUGAUUUCUUGCAAGCGGGGAGUUACAGCAAGCUCAUUCAGCAUUAUUUCUGAAGAGCGGGAAAAGGAGCAGGAGUGUUUCUACCUCUUUGAGAUGGACAGCAGUGUGGCUUGUCCAGCUGAAGAUUCCCACCUCAGCGUUGGCUCUAUUUUACUGAUCACGUUUGCUUCACUGAUUGCAGUCUACAUCAUUGGUGGGUUCCUGUACCAGCGCCUUGUAGUGGGAGCAAAGGGCAUGGAGCAGUUCCCUCACUUUGCCUUCUGGCAAGAUCUGGGCAAUUUGGUAGCGGAUGGCUGUGACUUUGUCUGCAGAUCCAAGCCUCGUAAUGCACCAGCCACAUACCGUGGGGUGGGUGACGACCAGCUGGGAGAGGAGUCGGAGGAGAGGGAUGACCACUUGCUACCAAUGUGAUCAGCUUUUAACACUGAGUUCUUUUCUCCCCAUCUCCCCAGUUUAGCUGGGCAUCUCCCAGCCAGUUCUCCUUCUCUCACUCUGAUUUUCUUUACACUCUUUGCUUUUGCUGUCUCUGGUGCACCAAGUCCCAUGGAUGCCUCUGGGUGUGAACAGAACUGGUCCCUGGUGGUAUGUCUUGUGAAUAUAAUGCUGGUUUAGGUUUAUAAAAAUGCAGCAGAGCUGAGGGGAGAAAGUGCUGAGAGUUGAGAGAAGAUGGUAAGAAAGCAGUAUGAGUGUUCAGCAUGGGAGAGAAAUCACCAAGAGAUAAAAAGAACCAUGGAUGGGUGCAGAAAGGGGAAGGAGGCCAUGGGUUAAAACAGCUGAGACUGUAGGAGGGAUCUUUUGCGUCUUCCCUCUCACCCCUAAGGUUUACAGGAUCCAUAAGACACUGGAAUUCCUUUUCUUUGAAUGCAUUUUCAGUUUUUCUAGCUUUUGCACUACUGCUGCUGCCAGCGUAACCUGCAGCAUGCCCUAUGCCAGAGUCUGGGGGGGUGGAGGAGACAUUGGCACCUCUGCAGUAUUUUCUUUUCUUAAUGGCAGUAUGUAGAAGAGUACACACCAGUUUCUUUCAACAGAUACAAAGGGAUGCAUGCCAUCCUCUCAGACAAUUGAGAAGGGGCUAUGCUAAAAAAAGAGUUAAAUACAGUCUCAAGAAUUUCCAGUUCA